CUUCUGCUUACUUCACCUCUGUCCUUCCCUUCAUUUCCCUUCUCUUCAACCUUAUCUUUCAAUCUUCUUCUUCUUCUUCUAAUUUUACAUUCAAAGAAAGAAAGACGAUGGGGAACUGUCAAGCUAUUGAAGCUGCGGCCUUGGUUAUACAGCACCCAAAUGGGAAGAUUGAGAGGCUUUAUUGGCCAGUCACAGCUAGUGAGAUAAUGAGAAUGAACCCGGGUCAUUAUGUUUCUUUGAUUAUACCAUUGCCUCCACUGCCUGAACAAGAUCCAAAGUCUGUUCGGUUUACCAGGGUUAAGCUUCUUAGGCCUACUGAUACUCUUUCUCUCGGCCAUGCCUAUCGACUUAUCACUACUCAAGAGGUCUUGAAGGUCUUGAAGGCCAAGAAGCAUGCAAAGGCAAAGAAGCAGCAACAGGAAUCAAUUGAAAACUUGCAGAUAGCUCAGGAGAGGCAGAGUUCAGGUUCUGAAAGAGAACCCAAAUCCCACAUGGAUAAAAACUACCAGUACCAGGCGCUGAAACAGGAAAGGCACCGCCCAAGGGCAAUAUCAGUGAACCCUGCUGCAAUGGGAUCAAAAUCAUGGCGGCCAUCUCUGCAGAGCAUCUCUGAGUCUGCGAGCUAGCUGAUGCUUAUUUCAAGUUUUAAGUUGUUACAUGCACGCUCUUCGUACUUGAGCUUCCUCAAACAAAGAAAUAUAAAUUCAUUGAAACCAUGGAGCUGGGGCCAAAAGUUUCUAAAUCCUUGCCACAAAAAGCCCCAGAUUCAAACAAAAUUUUCAAGUACAAAGACUUCUGUAUAGCUUCAAAAAGAGCAAUGAAUCAAUGUUACUAGUAAAAUGUUGUGAUGAAA